CUCCGUCGAACCAAACCUCGCUCGCCCUGCCGUCGCCCAAGAUCACCAGUUUUCUACCAAACAGCAAACAAACAAUCCAUCAAUCACGAAACACUAUCCUCAUCAAUCCGUUUCUACUGUCAAGACUAGAACUAGGCGCCAUGUUUUCCUCUCGUGAAGGCGUCACCAUGGACUCAGUCCUCAGGCCACUGCGGCAAUGGCUGCUCGCGCCGUCCACCACAAUCCCCGUGGCCGUGGCUCUGUCGCUCCCGACUAUAGUUCCUGCCAUCAUUGACCGACUCUCGCCAGAUGCUCUGGUAUCUAUUGCUUCCAGCCCGCUGUUUUCCCGCUUCCUGGAUACCCUGGUCGACUUAUCGGGGCGAAAAUCACCAUUCCAGAAGCCGGCCUGCAUCAUUGCCGCCGUCGCCGUGGCACUCGCCGCCAACGACUAUGUUGUCAGCAAGACUGCUAACAACUGGGUGGAAGAUAGAUCCUGGGACUGGGAAAAGGAAAUCGUCCUCAUCACUGGAGGCAGCAGUGGCAUUGGCGCCAGCGUCGCACAACGCUUCAUCAGCAAGAACCCAUUGACUCGCGUUGUCAUUGUUGAUAGCUCGCCACUGACCUGGACGCCACCCCCAGACUCGCUUGUCCACUACUAUGAAUGUGACAUUACAGAUUCAGAUGCCAUCAAGGAUGUUGGCGAUCGUGUGCGUCAGGAUGUUGGACAUCCAACGGUCUUGUUUAACAAUGCUGGCAUCAGCCGCUCCGGUGGUGUGUUGGAAAGCGAGCACGAUUCAGCUGUCAUCCAGACAAACUUGACGGCCCAGAUACUUAUGACAAAGGAAUUCCUACAAGAAAUGGUCAUCCAGGAUCACGGCCACAUUGUCUUCACCGGCUCGUUCAGCUCCAUUAUCCCGAUGCCUCGCCUGGCAAGCUACUCUGCCGCCAAGGCUGGGCUGAUGGCAUUCCAUCAGGCGCUGCAAAUGGAGCUCAAAUAUUUUUACAAUGCCCCACGCGUUCGCCAGACUCUCGGCAUCUUUUCCUUUGUAAAGACUCCCAUGGCUGACUUUGGCAAGGCCAGAGGCUCGUUUGUACUGCCAUUCCUCGACGUAGAAUCUGUCAGUGAACGACUAGUGGACGGUGUGUACAGCACGAGAAGCAGCAACAUUUACAUGCCUGGUCUCGUCAGCUUCGUCACAGCACUGCGCGGGGGUCCUGAGUGGCUUUUCCGACCCUUCCUGACCAUGGGUGCCAAAGGCUCGCGACGCCUUCUCGAAAAGCAGAACAGCAAAGAGGAUGGCCGUUUUCCCGGUGCCAAAACUUACUUUGAAGCAGAAAGAGAGCGAGCUGCUCUCCGCAAGCAGCGAAUCGAAGCCAAGGCAAAGGAAUAAAACGGCAUGUAAUUACCAGCUUAUCUCGCAGAGCAAGCAAACAUACCCUUGCUGCAGGUAGCUACAGCGGCUGGCGGUGGGGGGGAUGGUGGGCGCCACACACACGCUGCUGAGCCCGACGGAGCUUCGGCUGAAUUCUCGGCCAUGCCUGUAAAUUAAUGACCAUAGUAUGUUUUCUUAUCACCAAAAACUGCUGUUGCCAAGCAUGUGAUAGUUUUUUUUUUUUUGAAUUUCUUGGGAAUCCUCUGAUUUUGCGAUAUUGGA